GCGUCGCAGGAUGUCUUUAAGGGGACACACCAUAUGGCCAUUUGAGCUGUGGUCCCAUGGCAGCUAACAUUGGAUCCACCAGUGGGUCUGGGCCUGGAACAACAGGAGCUUACUUGUUCUUCGUUGGGAGCAUGGCUCGGCUACGCAGUCACCUUCAUUGCAAGGCCAUUGGGAGGCAUCAUUUUGGGCAUCAUCGCUGACCGUUGUGGUCGGGCGCUGUCAGCGAUUUUAUCGCUGGGUGCAAUGAUGGUGGCCACCGUUGCUCAAGGAUGCCUUCCGGGGAAGCAUCUGGGAGGCGAUUUCUGCUUAGGCCUUGUUGUAUUGAUCAUGUGUAGAGUGCUGCAAGGCCUCUCUGCUGGUGGUGAGAUUGGUGCAGUCGUUGCAUACCUCAUGGAGGCGUCACCAGUUGGCAGCGUUGGUAUGGCAGUUAGCAUGAUAGGGGUUGGUGGCCAAAUAUCUGGGGUGCUCGCCAGUGCCAUGGUGGCACUCCUACACCAAGGCCUAGGUUCUGAGUUGAUGUUGGUGUGGGGCUGGCGGGUUCCUUUCCUAAUCUCAGCCUUGCCAAGUGCCCUGGCGAUAUGGGGCAGAAUGAGGAUUCCGGAAACUGACGUCUUUUUGUCUGAAGUCCGGGAGAAGAUGGAGAAGCAGAAUCAGCAGGAUGCGCAUGAGGGCCUGCGAGAGCUACUGACUCACUACCCCGUGGUGCUCUUGAUAGGGAUUGGAGGCGUUUGUGCCACUGCCACUAUGUGGUACGCCCCUCCGUUUUGGACACUUACUGCUGUGCUUUGGCAGUUGGAUCCGUCGGACACGCUGUGGGUUGGAACCUCCUGUCAACUGGUUGCUAUAGCCGUGACACCCGUGGCUGGCUGGUUCACUGAUCGAUAUGGUGCUGCAAUGACAGCUUUCGUGGGAGCGAUCUAUGCUACUCUGGUGGCGUUCCCCGGAUACCUGUGGUUGGUACUAGAUCCCAGCCUUGGAACUGCUUAUCUCGCCGUGGGUUUCUUCUUCGGAAUUGCACAGGGCUUCACGGGUGCGAACAUCAAUUUGUUCUGUGCCAACCUCUUUCCUCCGCGUCUCUGGUGCCAGGGGAUGGCACUCAGCUACAACAUUGGUGUCAGCUUCUUGGGCGGCUUUGCGGCCUCGAUCUCUCAGGCAUUGUUUCAGGUUGAGCCGCUCUCUCCGGGCAUCUAUUGGUCCUUCAUGGGAAUGGUGACCUUGCUCGCCCUCCUGCUGGCCCUGUUUCUACGGAAUCGUGGCCUGGUAAAGCUCAGCCAAACGUGAGCUUCGCUUGCAACCGCUUGUGCUUAUUUGUGCUUAGGUCACUCAAUUUCUUAAGCGUAGGAUCUGCACUAAUUUGGAUGCUGAAAGGACCAGCCUUUGCAGUCCUUUGAUGCUCCAAAUACUGUAUAUAAUAUAUAUAAUAUAUAUCUUCCUACAGAAUUCAUCAUGCUUAGAUGCUCAAGCGGGCUUUCUUUCUGAUGCCCUUGUGCGAAGGGCCCCGCUUCAGGUACCGCAUGGUCCCGCAAUACCUGUCGCUAUGACAGAUGCUGAUGGACACGAUGAUCGAUUCCAACUUUUCACUACAAGAACUUAACAAAGUCAUCGAUGCACAAAAGAACAACAAAGCGCCAGGAUCCGAC